AUGACCGUCUCCAACACCCCUCGAAUAUUUUCCCUCUUGUGCCUGGCGCUAUCUGUCGCCGGCCAGUGGACCGGAAACUACAACACGACGCAAGUGCCGCGCGGUCAAGAUCCUGCGGAUCAUUGCUGGAUCCAGAGCCUCGACCCGGCAAAGGGAGCCUCCACGGCCGUCUAUCCGUGCACCUGCACUGGCGGCAAGGUCGCGCCCGACUGCAACUGGAAGCAAGCUGGCGCAAUCUACAACAGUGUCAGGGAUGCCACUUGCAAGUGUGCCAGGGAGAGAAAUCUCAACCAGCAGCCCGAAGAGCUGGACGCGUUCGGCCGCAGCCAGCCCAGUGCCGUGACGGCGUGCAUCUGUGAUCCCACAAACCCCAAGGGCGAACCCGGCGCCGAUGGCUUGAUUGUGCCAGAUACCAACUGCUGGUGCCCAUCCGUAUCUCUCGCAAAGAAUAGCGGAUUGACGGAGGCGAAGGAGGCCGCUCCGGAGGCGCCUGCUACCGUCGACGCCGCAGCUGUCAAGAAAUGCCGCGACGACUUUUUAAAGAGCUCGAUUGUCAAGGAGAAUGCCUGCAGCCAGUUGCCAGAGUCCACGGAUUCGAAGUUUACCGAUUCUCUGCAGCGCGAGCUACCAAGCUGCACACCUGCUCUCCUCGCCGAGGUCUGCAAGACUAUUUAA